AGCACAACAUUUUUUUACCGUAAUAUCCAAGUGAACAUUUAGAAAACAGUCAGCUGUUCCUAAAACCGUUUUAAGAUUAUCAGUUUCGAAUUCAACAAAGGAAGCUUUUCACAUCCUGACCUUUACUAAAGUAUCCUGUGUUUGCUGUUUUGUUGUCAUCACAUGAUGGGAGAAUACGAUUAUUUCUGUAACUGUGUCCACCUCAUGGAUUCCAGCAGUUUUUUCCUUCUACGCUAUGUGGAGCUAGACACCUAAAGCAUGUCAGUUAAGAGAAGGUUCUGGCUUCCUACUGUCAGUGUGCAUGAAUUUCUCUUCUGUGAAAACCAAUGUUGAUAUAAUUUAGUUACAUUUACUUUAUAGUUAUUAUAGACACUAACUCUGUUACUACACUAGGAAACAUUCUUUAAAAUGACAGUAACUUACUCAUUGAAUGUUUCGAAAGCCCGACUGUUAGGCUUUGCUAAACUUUUGUUCCGAUGGAGAGGAAGUAUAUACAAAUUGCUUUACAGAGAAAUGGCCAUUUUCUGUGGAUUGUACUAUAGCCUUAGUGCACUUUACCGCUAUGUUUUAAAAGAAAGUCAGAGAACUGUUUUUGAGAAACUAGCUCUCUACUGUGAAGCCUUCACAAAUCUCAUUCCACUGUCUUUCGUCCUGGGUUUCUAUGUAUCUAUCGUUGUUAGCCGCUGGUGGGAUCAGUUCACAUCACUUCCAUGGCCAGACAAGCCUUGCAUGCUUAUAUCAGCAUAUGUUCAUGGCAGAGAUGAAAGAGGAAGAUUGAUUCGUCGUACACUUGCUCGUUAUUUAAGCCUGCUGUCAGUAUUGUCCUUCCAAGCAGUGAGCACUGCAGUUAAAAAACGUUUCCCUACAUUGGACCAUGUGGAGGAAGCAGGUCUGAUGACCAAGGAAGAACGCACUGUAUAUGAAGAGAUUUCUGUUGUUCAUGGGAAGUGGUGGAUUCCAGCUCAGUGGUUCACGGCUUUGGCCACGCGUGCAAGGAAGGAGGGUAGAAUUAAAGAUGAUGUUCUCCUGAGUGAUCUGCUGAAUGAACUGCAUAUUUUUCGUGGAAACUGUGGAAUGUUAUUUAGUUUUGACUGGAUUAGCAUUCCUCUUGUGUAUACACAGGUUGUGACUCUGGCCAUAUACACUUACUUUAUGGCAUCAGUUAUGGGUCGUCAGUAUUUGAAUCCAGACAAGGGUUAUCCAGGGUAUGAGGUGGAUCUCUAUAUUCCUAUAUUCACUGUUCUGCAGUUUUUCUUUUACAUGGGUUGGUUAAAGGUAGCAGAGCAGCUUAUUAAUCCUUUUGGGGAAGAUGAUGAUGAUUUUGAGUUAAAUUGGUGUUUAGACAGAAACCUUGUGAUAUCGUUUUUGAUAGUAGAUGAAAUGUGUCAACGACAUCCUCGUCUUGUUAAAGAUCAGUACUGGGAUGAAUUGGAGCCUCAGCUUCCAUAUACCAGAUCUUCAGCGGCUCUUCGCACUCAACCUCACUUAGGUUCUGCUGUUAAUCUGGACAUUAACCUAGAAGAAGCCGAGUUUGUUCCAAUGGAAACGAUCAUGGAAGAUGAUGGGGAAGAGAACACCUACAGCAGCCCCCCAGUCAGUCCAAAUACAGAAUUGUUGUAUCCAGGUUUUCCACAACCUGAUAAACCAACUACUCCUAGUGUAGAUGAAACUGGCUCUCAGUCAGGUCUCAAAGGCUUUAGUGAUUUCCCAGGGAGCAAAUUUUUAAAUAUGUUAAUAGGACAUAGUAGUUCAGAAAAUGUUGCACAAACCCCAAAGAAAGAGGGGAGCAUUAUGCCUACCUUCACACUAAAAACACCAAGUCGAAAAUCCCACACAAGUUCUCAGAGUGAAAAUAUGAAGAAUCAACAAAAUGUAGAAAAGGAUGAUCAGGAGUUGGAUACAAUGCCACAGAUGACUCAUGAUGUUACAGGAACCUCAGUUCAGCAGUCUUCACUGAUUAUAGAUAUUCCUGCUGGUGAAAAUAAUUCAGAUGGCCCUAUUGAUCAAUCUGAGUUUUCAGUCAAAACGAGUAAGGACACUGAGACCACUGAAACAGUAGAGAACUGUAAAGAAGAAAAUAAAGUGGUCACUUUUGAAGAAGAACAAAACCAGCCAACUAAAGAUGUAGUUGUAGAAAUAGAUUCUUCUGACUCUCCAACAGAUCAAGUACGAUCACCGUAUGAACCAAUACUGUCAGAUGAAAGUCUUGUUGUAUAUGUAGAAAGCAAUCAAAGCACAGUUAGUAGUUAUGCUGAGCUCUUAGGAAAACAGUAGUUUAAUUAUUUCUUGUGUUAUAAAAUAUGUUGCUAUUUUUUGUACACGUCUUGCUUGAUUGAUAUGAUAAUCUAACAAAAACGUAUUUUUUAUUAAGUUUGGUGUUUUAUCAUUUAAUAUCCAAAAGUUUGAGUUUCAGAAUAUUUUGUUCUGCUGCUGUUUUAUUCAUUAAUACAUUAAUAUUUAUAUUAACAUUUGGAAGAUGACAUGAGCUUGUCAUUUAUAGAUUUAGACAGUAAUAAGUCAGUUUUUUUAAACUAAUUUUGUAAUAUUACUUAAGAUCAUUUAAUAUAAAUGAGUAGGACUUUAUAAUUUAUGGAAGGGUAUUUAUAAUUUUUGCACAAUAUUUCAUUGUAUGUACAGAUAAAAAAUUAAUCUAAAAAACCAGAUCAGAGGGAGAGAAAACAACAAUUUUCCAUACAUACACUGUUUGAAGAGGGAAAUAUGAACAUUGUAUUUGACUAUGCUGACACUUGUUAAGAAUAGAAGUUUAAUAAACUUGCAUAUUUUCUAUAAAAUCAAGCCGAGUAGGAAUGGAACGUGUUAUUGAUUUACCUUAUUGGAGAUUAGGAAAGAUAAAUAUUGAGUUUAUAUAUCUUAUAUAUAUACAUUGAUUCAUGGUAGUCUGCUCACCUGGAGAGGAUUAAUUCUGGACCAUGUUUUGACACACUCGUGGUUAACCUGAUGAAGGCAACCAUGAGAAUGCUGACACAUAGUCCAGAAUUAUUCAAGUCAGACUAUCCAAUCAGAAGCAUACACCAGUUUAGGUUAUAAACAUUAGAUAUUUGUACUAACUUGAGAUUUUUAGUCUCAUGUUAUAUCCAUUUACAGUUCAAAAUAUGUUAUUUAACUUGUUAUGCUCUCUUCUACGUGUUCUGAGGAUUAACUGUGUAGUGUUUUGUGUUUAAAGUUUUUAGUGAAAGUUAACAUUAGUGUCAAAAGUUAAAUUUUCCGAAAUAAUAUUAUUUCUGUAUGUUAUCUUAUUGUUUGAGUGGUAGGUUUACCACUGUAGUACUUACUUAUACCCUGCAAAAUUCGUACACUAUCUGCAUCAGGAUCAUUAGUGCAUUGCUAUUUGAAUUUUAGAACAUUAUUAAUGUGUCUAGUUGCACAGUAAGAAAUGAUUAUUGUAAUUUUCUUAUCUACAUCAUCUGAAUACUGUUGUUCAAAUAUAGUUUUCUACACUUGAUUCACAAAAUAAAGCAAUGUAUAAUGUUCAUGUAAAAACCAUUAAUAUGGUAUGUUUAAAAAUGGUUUUUUGAUGAACCAAAACUGCAAGUAGUUAAAUAGCUAAAAUUAAAUUAUUGUUGAUUGUGAUUUGUAUUUUUGCUAAUUGAAAUGCAUUAUGAUUAUUACAGAUAGGUUUUUUUUUUUAGCUUAAAGCUUAACAGGUGUAUGCCAUUAUAUUACCUUAAACCUUGAGUGAUAUGUCAUUACUUGUACUUGUAGGGCAUUGCUUUCUGGAUCUUAGAACACUUUUGUAUUACUAUCUGAAUCAACAUGUUUAAUGUGUUACUAGCUCAGUCAAUAUGAUUAGAGCAUUGCUAUCUGGAUCUUAGAACACUUUUGUAUUACUAUCUGAAUCAACAUGUUUAAUGUGUUACUAGCUCAGUCAAUAUGAUUAGAGCAUUGCUAUCUGGAUGUUAAAAUGUUUUUCUGACUGUACAGUGAUAAAUGGUUACUAAUUUUCAACUACAUGGAGACAGAUAAUAACACCUUCUUCUGUUGUAACUACAUAAAAAAAAAACCCAAAAAACUCGUUCUAACCAGCAAUCAUCUUAAGCUUGAAUAUUGUAUUGGUUGGUUGUUUGUGGAUGUAGGAAAAAAAAAUCACACAAACGAUUUUAUGAGACGUGUUUGUGCCUGAAAUGCCACAAAAAGUGUACUUGAAUUAGCAGAUCGUGGAGUAUUAACGUUCUGUUUUUCAAUAUAAAUGUCAAAUUAAAGCAAAUCAUUUGGACAUAGAACCCAUAUAUUUAUAUAGCUGAAAAAUUGUACAUUUUAAAGGGUUUUCUUCAUUACAAGAUACUCGUAAGUAGUGAUGCUGGACAUUACUCUGGUAGCCAUACACAGGUAAACUAUACUGUAUAGUUAUUGAUACACUUACUCGUGUGUGUGUAUAUCUGUACUGUAAUCUAGCAAUGUAAGAAAACUUGUAUUCACAUUUUUGGCAAAAUUCUUCAAUCAUUUUGGUCCGUUUAAUCAGUCUUUUAGACCAUGUAAAAUAAAUUAGUUGGUUUUCAGACACAUGGAGGCGGUUUUGUUACCUGCUAGGGGAAUAUCUUUUCCCUUUUUGCAAUUAAUAACGAUAAUGUCAUUGUUUAGAUUAAAUACCUAUCGCCGCAUGACGAAAUAAUUAAGCUACACAAUAAGCUUUAAUCCUUGUCAAAUGUCUCAUGAAUAAGCAUUACUUCCUCGGCUGACCUUGUUAAUUUGGAGGUGGGUGGGAGAGUCUGGUAACCCGGCAGUUUUAAUGUUUUUACAUCUGAGAAGUCACUUUUAUCUGGCUGUACUUUUAUAUGUUAGCUCUGAAAUUGAUUGAAUUAUAUCUAUACAUAUGUGAUACAAUACAGUGAGGCCUUGCAUAGCCUGGUAGUCAGUAAACUCGACGCGCAAUCUUCGGAUCGUGGGUUCAAGUCCCGAACAUGCUCGUUCUUUCAACCGUAGAGGCGCUAUAAAGUGACGGUCAAUUCCACUUUUCGUUCGUAAAAGAGUAGUCCUCUAGUCUAUUACUUCAAAGUAGGGAUGCCUAGCGCGAAAUUAAACAAACAAUCCCAUAAACUUCUUUUUUUAUAGUACUAGAUAUUAGUGUAAAGAGCGUAUGCCACUUUUAGGAAAUUCAAGUUAGGAAUCAUGUUUUAACUUUUUUAACAAUCUCUAGAUGACUGUAAACCGUUUAAAUAAGAUUUUCCUGGGAAGAAAUGUAAAAACACCACUGUUUGGUUCUGACUCGUUUAGGGUAUUCUUAUUGCCAAAGUAUGAAGUAUGAAUAGUCAAGUGCAAUUUACAUGGUUAUGAUUAUUUUUCUAUGUGAUGAUGAAUUUGAAGAUAUUAAUAUCCCGAUAAGUUGCGUUGAGCUGUAAAAAAGUCACGUAUUUUUAUGGACUACGUUUUGGCAGGUCUCGCAUGGUUGCAUCAAAAACACGUGACACAACAUUAGUCAUACCUGGGAACAUUAAAGUCGGUUGGCUAUUAUAUAUUUCAAAAAUAGUACAUUACUAAUCCACAAACAAUAAUCAAGUCUUCAUUAAAAAAAAAGGGGGAAACCUAAGAAAACGCACGCGCAUGGGCAUCGCGCUCAUUGCAGUAAUAUCUACCUCGUUCGGAGAUCAUGUAUUAAUCACCGGAAACCCUUCAAGGUAAAGGAAUUCCCUGAGAUUAUGGGUAAAAAUCCGGAUAGAUCCCAGGUAUGAUGAUAACGAAUGUAAAGCAAGACUAACGUUUUAUAAUCUUGAUGUCACGGUGUGGUGGGUGUGUUGUAAAUAGAGCAUUUUCUAAUCGUUGUUCGUGUAUAUUAGACGAAGUAUUAAGUUAACUAUGUUCUUUCCAUGACGUAUUUAUUGUAUAUCUUUCUCAUAUUAAGAGCAUUUGUUUUUUUUUUUCAGUUUGAAAAUUUAACUAUUUUUAUUUAAAAAAAAGAAAGAAGAAAUGUACAGAGCAAUUAUUUUUCAUUUGACUGUGAAGUUCAAUGUUUAUGUGAUUCAACACACUCUCGUGAUAUUACAUUCAACUAUUUCAUGUAUAUUUGUUAUGUUUUUUGUACAUGUUAUAAAAACAUUUCGAUUGUUGAUUUAUUUGUAGUAAAAUAAAUUAGUAUUACUUUUGUUGUAAUUUAAACAGUUUUUUGCUGAUAUCUUAGAGCCUCAAGUUUUGUAAUAAUUAAAGACCUAAAAAUUCAAACGUUCUUCAGCACUAUGAAAGUCUGAAGAAAUGAAUCCAUUGACACCUGAAAGUUGUCUCGUUUGUUGAAUAAGGAAAAUUGGUGUCUGUCUUGAGGACAGCCGAAAGGAGAUCUUCCAUACUUCAAGAGGGGAGAGAAAAAAAAAAGGUUAAGCAUAUGUGAGGAUUUAGUGUUAGUUUUUGAGCUUAACAUUCUUUAGCUGUUUUGAGAACGUUACAGCUUUUUAGAAACGGCUCAACUAGGAGCUUAGAAUUCUUGAAGAUAGAAGAUAAACCUGUUUUAAUAUUAACUUUUCAACUUAAGGUAUGAAAUAGCCGGUUAAAAAAGAAAAUUGAAUUUAUCUCUCGUAAAACCUUAACUCGUGGAUUAUUAAAGAUAAUAUAACGCUAGUGAACGAAUACAAAUCAUUAUAUGGAAUCUGCUGUAUUAUUGGAUAAUAUGUGGAAAGUUUUAGAAGUAAAAGACCUUACCUGUUGUAGAUUUGUAAGGUAAAAGACCUUACCUGUUGUAGAUUUGUAAGGUAAAAAACCUUACCUGUUAUAGAUUUGUAAGGAAAUCCUUUUAAUUCCGUUUAACAUACACACAUAAAAAAAAAUUCUUGCUUUGGGAAGAUAUUUUAAUUUAUCAAGUUGUAUAUCUAAAGUUUCACAUUAAACUUUAUGGUUAAAUGAAGUAAAUAAGAAUUAUUCUUUGAAGAGAAUUAACCAAAACUUUAGUUUCUGGAAGUACGUUUUAUGAAAAUAUCCACUGAAAAACAAAUCGUGCAGUUGUGCUCGUGUUUUAACCAUUUCUUCUGGAAUGUUACAAAAGAAAAAAAAGGUUAAAUACGGACGUUCAUGUGCCGAUGUUGACAAGUAAAGGUUGACUAGUGUAGUUAAUAUGUAAUUUGGUAUUAUAAAUACUGGAUAGCCUAAGGUGACGAAAGCCCUCUCGGUUAUGAAAUAUCAAGGCCGUCGGUUAAUUUUUUUUUACACACAAUAGGCAUAUUUAUCUUGUGUUUUUAAUGCUUACAUGUCGGUGAAAAUAUUUCUUGUUUAUAUUUUUUAUAUAUUUGUAAGAUUGAUAAGCAUGUUUCUGUAACGACUAUUCAAUUCCAUUAUCAUUAAGCUGUAGGUGAAUUUAUUCUCGUUUCUCAAAAUGUAUUAAAAAGUUUAAUUUACUUUAAGAAUGACACGAGUUUAAAAGAAUGGUACCACAAUAUUGGCAAGAGCAGAAUAGCUUAGACUAUGAUAUAAAAAACCAAGCUUUGUGGACUAUUUCGUUUAUAUCAUACUGGAUUGGUACAAAUUAAAAUAAGGAACAUAAGAAGCAAUACCGAAGUAAAAAAAAUAUAUUUUUGUUAUAUUUUCUUUUCAGAAUCUUAAUAUUAAAUAUUU